AUGUCAGCCUCUCGCGCCCUCCGGUUCCUCCCCCGGGCCCAGCCCCUCGUCCUCCGCACCGCGAGUGCCGCCCGGCCUCAGUUCAUCAAGUCAUUCGGCACCCAGGCGGCCAAGUCCUCUGUUGCUGCUCAAGCGCAGCUUCAGCCGAAGCAGAAUGGCAAGCCGGCGAUGCCGUCGUCUUUCUUCAUGGCCAACCCGCCAAUGAAGGCCGAGAAGCCGACCUCGAUGAUCCCGCUCCAGGCCGCUAUGCCGCAGCUUAUCCCCUUCUUCUUCGUCAAUGAGACCAUCAUCGCUUUCGUCCUGCUCCCGACCUUGGUCUACAUGUUCAGCAAGUACAUCCUGCCGCAGAGGGUCCGUUUGAUGGCGGCACGCCUGUUCAUUAGCAAGCUAUAA